CACAAACACUACUACCGCACCUUGAAUCAUUGCAGACACUUGCUACAAUGUCCGAUCCUACGCUCUAUCUUUACACCUCCCUUACUGCGGGGUCCUCCCACAUUAUCACCGCCACUUCGCGCUUGGAGACCAUCCUCAAAGCCAACAAGAUCUCCUUCCGCGCAAUUGAUGUGGCUACCGACGAAGCCGCGAGGAAACUUUGGGGUCGUCGUUCAAGGGGGAAGAAACUGCCAGGACUGGUGAAAUACGGGACUGUUGUCGGCGACCUUGAACAGAUCGAAGAAUGGAAUGAAUUCGGCGAGUUGAAGAUGCAGAUUAACAGCGUUGAGCCCUUCGACGACCUCCCCGCCACCGACACACCCCUCCCUGUCGCCGAAUCCAGCACCACUUCCGCGUCUGCACCCAAGGUCGAUGCUCCAGCUUCCAAGACAAGCACAAUCAAGAUCCAAGAGCCCCGCGACAAAAAAUCCCAAGUCGACGAUUCAGUCACCAAGGCACUUCGCCAAGCUGGCGAAGAGGCCGCGGCCAAAGCCAAGGAACCCGCCUCGAAACCCAGCGCGCCAACAGCCGCAGGACCCCAGACCUCCACCUCCACCUUUGCUUCUAAAACUGACCGAGGCGCAGAAACCAAGGAGGGAGGUGGCGAACAAAGUGUACGUCGCAUGUCGGUCGCUCCUGAAAUCGCAGAGUCUGGUUCAAACCGGCCGCCUUUGGUGCCCGAGUGUGCUGCGGAGUCUUCUGCCAACUUUCGUGCUGAUAACGCUGAAGCUUUAGGGCUGAUCAACCAUCAUCGUAAUUCAAACAUCGCCGCCGAGUCAAAGGAGGAGGCGGAGAAAAUGGCCAAGGAGCUGCGCAAGUCAAUUUCAGGGACUCACAAUCCCGCUCUGGAGUCGUUGCGGGAGCAUAAGGCCACGCUCGCCGCCGAGGCCACGGUCGAAGAUGCAUUGGAGGGCUAGCGGGCACUUUAGAUGACAGCCCCCUUACGUGUACUAUUUUUUUCGCUGCUAAUGAUCAACGGAUGUACGACUCGGCAUGCAUGUUUGUUUUGCUAUGUACGGAUACCACGGUGUUGCAUUUUCGGGUCUGUUCUCGGGUUUCCAAUGGUUGUAAUUCGGGCUGAUCAGUG